AUGUUAUCGUUUGAAUGGGAAAUGCCCAAAUGGUUGGAGUAUUCUCUGAUCUCGUCAUUAUUAUGUGUUUUGGGCGGUUUAUGUGUUCCUCUAAUUUCGUACUGUUUCAGGACAAAGAAGGACCUUAACACAAAACUGGUCAAUUAUGGCCUCUCUUUAAGUGCUGGAUCGAUGUUGACCACAGCGUUGUACAGAAUGCUGCCAAGUGAUUAUUCGAAACACUCCAAUCCGGUAGGGAUUUUCCUAGGACUUGGUUUUGGGAUGGCUCUCAGUUUAGUUUUGAAUUAUGUAGUGCAUGCGUGUGCUAGUGAAUCACUGAUGCAUUGCGCCCACGAUUCAGACUUCCUACCAGACACUUCUGCAGAUUAUUCCGAUACGUAUCAAGGUUCAAAUACCCAUUCUCAUUCCCCUUUACAUUUGCAUUCACAUUCACAUGGGCAGACUGGCGGGACCGGAAACCCACAUUCUGCCCAAAGCCAUGGACACCACCACGAAAGUGGCGACAUUGUUGCUGAAAGUACACCGUUUUCAAGGACCGAUAGCUCUUUGAGGCGUCAAACAGUUAGACGAAAAUCCUCACUCAUCGAUAUGCUCUCUUCGGUAAAGUCCAAGAAGCUCGGCGAUUGUAAAGGCCUGGCUUCUUGUCCUCCAAUGACGGACCCUGAAAGUUUUAGAUGCAUCCCAAUUGGAAUUAAUAAAGCUCGCGAAGGUCGUUCGUCAAUAUCUUCUGAUGAUUCAGUUGUAGAGGCGUCCAACUUAGAUGAGAAUGGAGAACCACUGGGAGUGGCUUGUUUAGAAAACGAAAUUGGUUAUGAUUUAGAGAAUCUGGCACUUUAUAGAAAAAACUUUCAUGAUAAUCGGAAAAGAGCUCAUUCAAAUUCACAUUCUCAUGGUACUAUGAGCAUUCGCUCUUCUUCCACCCAUAAUGAUUACGGAUCUGCAUUCCACGACCUGGAACUGCGUGAAGAAAUACCACGUCACCAUCAACAUCAUCACCACUUGGAAACCCCUUUCUCAAAACUAUUAUCAAUUGGGCUACAAACGUGUGUUGUAAUAUCACUACACAAAUUUCCGGAGGGAUUCAUUAUCUACUAUACGAACCAAUCAUCCAACACUUCGAAAGACUUGGGUUUUUCAAUUUUUUUAAGUUUGACGAUUCACAAUUUUGUUGAAGGAUUUUCAAUGACUUUACCAUUUUAUGCUGCUCUUGAAAACAAAGUAGUUGCUAUACUAAUCACAACUUUACUUGGUGGUUGUACCCAACCACUGGGUGCGAUGAUAGGAUAUUUGAUAUUCAAGGAUAAAGACACAGGAAACAAUAAUACCAAACCGCAUAUGGAUACAUAUUUGAGCAUCACCGCUGGAUUUUUACUAGUCAUAGGUUUACAAAUGUUCCAAACUGCAGUUGGGUUCAGCCAAAGCCAUCAUCAUCAUCAAGGCGAGGGCGAGGAUGAGCUAAAGGAAAAUCAUAGCUCAGGAUCAACGUGCCUGAAGUGGUGUUGCGUCGGUGUCUUAUUGAUUGUAUCCACCGGUAUUUUACGAUAG